UCAGUUCGAUACCGGCCGCCACGGCAAGAACGCGCUUCGCCGCCACUGGUUUAGGGAUUUACGGGAAUAGAUCGUGAAAAAAAAUUUUACGUGCCCGCACUGUUUUUUGGUUAAUCAAAUUUUUUAUAUAUUUUAUUUGAUUUUUGGUGCGCGUCAAGUGUAAAAUACGGUAGUGACGUUGAAUGUAGUGUUCUGCUGUUUUUUUGGUUAGUGUUUUUAAUAUAUUUUUGGAGGUGCUCCAAGAUGAAAGAAGAAGACCUUAAAAGAAAGUGAUCGACCGACCAUGCGAUUCGGGCAUCGGCACGCCAUCCUGUGCUUCUACUUCUUCGCCCAAGUGAUCUGCGCGCACCAGAAAAAUAAUGACUACCACCCCAAAAACCACCAGAGAACUAAUACGAAAAAGUACUAUCCGAGUAACAAGAUCGAUUCGGUAAGGAACACAGACUUGUACAGUACGAACACCAACGUGCCCAAACUAAGACACUCAUCGAAAUUCCCGAAUUUCGACAAACUCAAGACGCGACUGGCCAGUUUAGAUGCAGGUGAUGGCUCGAAAACGAACAGUGGUGAUACGGGUAGAUAUAGGUACGGUGGUGAUUCGAGACGGUUGCUCGCGGGUGACGGUAGCAGCGUGACGUAUCCGAGGUUCAGGCAUCACGGAUGGUCGACCAGGUUUAGAACCACGACUACCACGACCACCACGCUUAGUCCGGACGAGGAGAUUUUUAACAAUUAUGGUGAUAUGCUGGAUGAGGAGGAAGGUGAUCAAGUGGAAGACGACGACUCCAAUUAUGAAGAGGACUUUUUCGACACUUCAAACGAAGACGACGACGACGAUGAUGAUUUCCAGGCUGAGGAACCAACGGAAAGAACCAUUCCAGUGGCAAAACAAUACUCCAGCAUGUCUGAAUACAAAUGGGAUCAGUUUGGUACAAGACAAGGUGUGACGGAGGCGAGGAACCGUCAACUGAAUAUCAGAAAAAAUAGUGAAGAAAGCCGAGCGCGAGCAGCUGUAGAACAUUACAUUCGAGUCAAGAACACGGGAUCCUGCAGGAAUCCUAUCCCGAAAGUCAUUCCAGUACAACAGGAGUAUCCUAACCCGGCAGUUACCUACACUCCUCACUGCACGGUACUUUACAGGUGCGCAGAGGAUACAGGGUGUUGUAGACACGACGGCGCUACCUGUCAGUACAAGGAUAGAGUGGAAAUACCGCUAUAUUUCUAUGUGAAGGAACUGGGUUCGGACCAAGCCAAGGUGGAAAAAUUGACGUUUUACAACCAUACGGAAUGCGAGUGCAAGGAAAAACAGGAAGAGGCAGUCACGGAGAGACACAAAAGGACUGGCACGCCAGAUGGGGGCAGUGCGGAGGUGUUCAACCAAACGCGAAAUGGUGGAUUAGAUUUCAAAUCCAGAAGUGACGGUCCGGAAAAUAUACAAAUUAGAUGUAAAUGUCCGAAAGAGUUCACACCUCGAAUAAAAUAUUCGUCCAAAUGUUACUGCGACUGCGAAGAAUCGAAUCAAGACUGUCUUCGGAUGAAGAGAGGGAAAGAGUACAACGGCCUUAGUGACAGAUUAUGCAUCUUGAACAACCAGUGUGGUAUUGUUCAAUGUGAAUAUGGCUCAUAUAUUAAAGAAAGAGGAAGAUGUCCCAGAAAAGAUGAAUAAAUAAUAAAAAUCAAGUAUAUUUUGUUUUAAUACAAUGUCCAGUAUGAUUGAGAUAAUUAGACAUUAGGUAGGAGUCCAUAAAAUUGUUUUUUAUUUUCAAAGAAAAUACAAACGCAAAAUCUCAGAAAUUUUGGUUCAAAAUAAAAGUGUACUAUAUUUUAUAUAUUAUUUCUUGAAUACCAGAAUACCUAGUAUUUUUUAAAACAAUAUAGAGAGUCACCACUAUUAUUUAUACAAAAUAAAAACAAUAAAUAAAUAAAAACAAUCAAAAUCUCUUUAAUUAUUGUAAAAUCUUUUAGAAGCUCUCUAAAAUUUAGGAUAUUUUUUAUAUUAAAUAUAUUUUUAUUUGAUUUAUAAAUAGGUAUACAUAUAUUUUCAUGUGAUGUAAUGUACUGUUUUGUGUCAAAUUUAAGAACAUAGAAACAAUAGGUUAUUAGUUAUAAUUUAAUAUAUUAUAAAACAAAUUAAUAUAUUAUAUUUAUUUUUGCAUUAUCUUGCUUGAGAGUGAAAUCCCAGUAAAUAUUAUAUUUCUAGUUGUAUUGAAAGCAUAAGUAUUUUUUAAAUAUACCUUCUUCUUUAUUUUGUAAAAUACCAACUUUAACAAAACUAUAAUAGUUAGCUAGUUAGCUAGAGUUAAAUAAUAUUAAGCCAAAACCUAGUCUCUACAGUUAAAUAUUUUUUAUAUAAUAAUAAUUUAAGUUUAUUACUUUAUCUAUAAA